AUGGCGCAGGGGGGUGCGCUUCCCGUCACCUCUGUCCCUCCAUCAGGUCCCCCAAAGAUCUGUAUCGACAAAACGUGGCAGGAUGAGACCGCAACCUCCCAGUUUACACUAGGCAUCAAGUUCAAGCUUGCGCUGUGUGCCCUUGGAGCAAUCCUCCUGGUUGGCUGGACUGCGCUGUGGUGGGAAGAGUUUGAGGGGGACAGUCUCGACUCCAACUUUUGGCAGUAUGAUGUCGGCAAUGGUAACUGGGGCUGGGGUAAUGGCGAGGAGGAGUACUACACCACCGACAAUGUGGCUGUACAGAACGGCCAGCUGCAAAUAACCGCAAAGCGCGAGACCGUGAAUGGCUUCAGUUACACCUCCGGCCGCAUCAACAGCCAAGGUCUGGUGGGUUUCUGCCCGGGCGUCGCUGACUCAUCGGGGAAGACCUACAGCACCCUCAAGCUGGAGGUCUCCCUCCAGACCCCUGCGCCAGGGCAAGGGCAGUGGCCAGCAUUCUGGCUGCUUCCCACCACCCUCACCUACGGUGCCUGGCCCAUGUCAGGAGAGAUUGAUGUUCUGGAGUCCAUCAAUGCCAUGACGAGGGCAACCCAGGGCUUGCACUAUGGCAAGGGCAGCUCAGGCGCAAUCAAGAACACAUUCUACACAAAAUCAGACGCUGGCAAGAGCUGGUCCAGCGCUUUCAACACCUUUGCUGUGACAUGGACGUCUACCAGCAUUACCUUCUCCAUCAAUGGCAAUGACAUCAGGACGCUGCAGAGCUCGAGCGUGAGCGCUGACGGCUGGUUUACCUCGGCCUCCAACAAAACCCCCAAUGCACCAUUCGACGUACCCUUCUACAUGAUAUUAAACCUGGCCCUGGGAGGGAACUGGGCCGAGCCCGUCAACGCCAGCACCCCCCUUCCCACGACCCUCCUGGUCGACUACAUCCGCUUGACAGGCACCAACUGA